AUGGGGCAGGGAUUCUCCUUGUCGACGCUCUCGGCAGGCUCGGCCAACAUCGAUGUACCGGAGCUUGCAGACCUACAGUAUGAGAAGUCGUUGGGUGCAGCCCGAUUCAUGAAAGCCGUCAGGGCACGCCAUAAGGACGGCCUUGUCGUGGCUCGAGUAGUCCCAAAACCAUACGCUCACAUCGACUUUCAAGACCACGUCAAACGGCUGCUCCAUGAGCGCAAAGUGCUUGCCGAUGUGCCAAAUGCACUGGCAUAUCACCGUGUCAUCGAGACUGCAUCUUGCGGCUAUCUGAAGAAAUGGCUCUCGUUCCAGCUUCUCUGCGCUGUAAGGGACUGUCAUGCCAGAAACAUCUUUCACGGCGACAUCAAGACUGAAAACGUCCUGGUUACGUCUUGGAACUGGCUGUACCUCGCUGACUUUUCCUCGUCGUACAAACCAGCACAUUUGCCAGAAGACAAUCCAGCUGACUUCUCCUUCUACUUCGAUCUCUCAGGUCGCCGGACUUGUUACCUGGCGCCCGAAAGAUUCCUCGCUGCCGGACAGCAACCCGAGGGUGAAGGCGACGUCAACUGGGCCAUGGAUAUUUUCAGCGUAGGCUGCGUCAUUGCUGAACUGUUUCUUGAAGCACCCAUAUUCUCCCUCAGUCAGCUGUUCAAGUACCGACAAGGCGAAUACAAUCCUGAACACUCUCAUCUCAGCAAGAUCCAGGAUCGGAACAUACGCGAAUUGACUCUGCACAUGAUUCAGAUUGAUCCUAAUUCCAGGAUGACUGCAGAGGAUUACCUCACACACUGGAAAGGCAAGGUCUUUCCCACCUAUUUCUAUGGCUUCCUCCAACAAUACAUGUAUUCCAUUACCGAUCCCUCUUCCGGCCGAAAACCUGUCACGACUGGCUCAGAACACCUUGGUGAGCCAGACGAACGUAUAGACAGGAUUUUCAGUGACUACGACAAAAUCUCUCAUCUGCUGUCAAGUGAGGAAGGAAAAGAGCCAGGCAGGCCCGAGUACUCACCCCCUGGGCCAAAUACGAAACUUUUCCCACUCUUCGUGAAUAUCCCAAACUAUCAACAUCAGGCUUCACCAGAACGAAGCUUAGCUGUUGAUGAUGGCAACUUGAUUUUUCUGACUAUUGUCGUAUCUUGCUUACGGGGUACUGCAAGAGCCUCAGCUCGUGUUCGAGGCUUGGAACUUCUCCUGGCCUUUUCAGAGCGGUUGACGGACGAAGCCAAGCUUGACCGUGUCAUACCCUACGUAGCUCAACUGUUAGCCGACAAGUCUGAGCAGGUCAAAAUUGCUGCGCUGCGCUCUCUGACCCAGAUUCUUGCCAUGGUACAGGUCGUCUCACCCAUCAAUGCUUACAUUUUCCCCGAAUAUGUCCUUCCAAGGCUGGAAGCAUAUCUCCCAGAUUCUUUUGGGAAAUCCGGCUCCCUUGUGCGUAUGCAGUAUGCACUGUGCAUCGGGACUCUGGCAACAACUGCAGCAAAGUACCUUGACAUGAUCCAAGCACUACGUGCCGAAGGUUCUCUAGCUACGGCUGAUCCAGAAACCGAAGAUGGCAUGUCUUCAUCUACGACUCGUAACCAGUUCGAUUCAGAUCGCCGAAUCUUAAUUGAGGCUUUUGAGAAGCACACCAAAUCCCUUCUCACCGACACUAAUGCUUCUGUACGUCGAGCCAUGCUUCGGUCCGUCUCCGAUCUCUGUGUCUUUUUCGGUAGUCCCCGAGCAAAUGACGUAGUCCUCAGUCACCUGAACACCUAUUUGAAUGAUCCGGAUUGGAUGCUCAAGUGCGCAUUUUUCGAAAGCAUCGUAGGCGUUGCUGUCUUUGUUGGAGGCGCCAGCCUAGAAGGCUAUAUCCUACCUCUGAUGGUCCAGGCAUUGACAGAUCCUGAAGAGUUUGUGAUAGAGAAAGUCAUCAGGUCGCUGUCUUCGAUGGCAGAGCUUGGUCUACUUCAGCGCUCUAAGACAUGGGAGUUAGUGGAUAUAUUGGCAAGGCUGACCAUGCAUCCAAACCUCUGGAUUCGAGAAGCAGCAGCUGAAUUCAUCUCUGCUGCUUCAAGAUAUUUGUCGGUGGCUGAUACGCAUAGCAUAUUGGUUAAUCUCAUCAGGCCCUACCUCAAAGUCCUUCCUGCAGAGUUCUCAGAAUUGCGCAUUCUAGAAUCUUUGAAGAGUCCAAUGUCCCGUCUGCUACUGGAGAUGGCUUCUAACUGGGCACAACAAGCUCAGAGAGGGCACUUCUGGCUGGCUGCUAGACAUCAGCAAACAUUUACUUUCGGGUCAUCGGAUGAUAGUCUUCCAACCGUUUCAGGUCGGGAGCUUGACCAGAAGGUUUUACAGCGAUUACCCAAAAAUGAGGAGGAUGAGCUGUGGUUACAAAAGCUUCGCAACGCGGGAAUGAAUGCUGACGAGGAGUUCAAAUUGGUAGCACUUAAAGAGUUCAUUUGGCGAAUAAGUCAUCGCCGGCGCUCUGAAAAUCUUUCAACGCCUACGACAAAGUUCAACAGCAUCGUGACGCUGAAAGAUCUUGGCGUGAAGGCGCAGACCGUGCUGUUCGAUGAGGAUGUACGUCAGGUUAUGGAGCACACUAAGAAGACGUAUGCUCUAGAAGAGCAGCUGCCACCUCGCACAAUCAAGGACGCCCUUUUGGAUGCAUCGACUACAGAGGCCGAUGGGCUAAAUGACCGGAUGCCGCGUUUCGAAAGUCAAGCUGGGCGAUUGGUCCGCGAAGAGAGAGGUAUCACGAUUCCUUCUCGGUCAAGAACACACCCAAAUCUAAGCGAUCAACAUUCGCCAUCUUCUGGAUCUGAAAUGCGAGCGAAUUCACUAAAGGUUUCGAAAAUAUCCUCCUCACCCUCGGGUUCAGUCACAUCUACAGAUCCCUCGACCGGGCUUCGGCAUCACAAAAGUGCAUUAGGGCUUCUUGGAAAAGGAGAGAAUAAGGCUGUAGCAGAAAUUGGUACAACAUCUGCGAACGUUCUCGGAAAGGUUGAUGGCCUCCAUGCACGCGAGUCCUCUCGAUCCCGACAGCCGAAAUCACCACUUGCAGUAGACAGACUUGACCGAACUCCGCUACAGAUACGUUUCCGAAACGCACACAACUACACAGGGAACGAUCCGGCAAUAUUGAAGUUGUUGGAUUCAAUGCUUCUUGAGCGCUUCCCAGCUGAUGAGAUUGAGUUUGGUCCCCGGAUACAGUCUCCCACUCAGCGGCAACCUAUCAAACACAAGGAUGCGCAACGAUUACCUAUAGGUACUCCAUGGCGCCCAGAAGGUACAUUGGUUGCAAGUUUUGGCGAGCACACUGCCGCAGUGACCCGCAUAUUGGUGUCGCCUGACCAAGGCUUUUUCAUCAGUGGGUCUGAUGAUGGAACUGUGAAGAUCUGGGACACCUCACGUCUCGAGCGCAAUAUUACUCGUAGAUCUCGACAGACAUACAGAUUGGGAGAAGACGUCAAAGUCACGAGUCUUGUCUUCGUUGAGCAAACAUAUUCCUUUGUUGCGACGGGUAAUGAUGGAAGUGUUCAUGUGGUGCGCAUAGACUAUCUCCAAGACCACGAUGGCAACGCUAAAUUUGGCCGACCACGAUUGCUUCGCGAAUACCAGUUGGUCAAGGGGGAUUUCGCCGUCUGGUCGGAACACUACAAUGGCGACGGCAGAUCUGUCCUGCUUUUGACUACCAAUACGUCGAAGAUUAUUGCUCUCGACCUGCGGACUAUGAACUUGCUCUACACUCUCCAGAAUCCGCUGGACCACGGAACACCAACCUGCUUCUGCAUCGACCGAAAAGCGCACUGGCUGCUGUUAGGAACAUCGCACGGCGUGCUCGAUCUGUGGGACCUUCGGUUCAUGCUGCGUCUCAAGGCCUGGGUUUGCCGCGGUGCAUCGCCUAUUUACCGACUGUAUCAAGUAUAUCUGCCAAAGACAAAAAAGACCAGACUAUAUAUUGCUGGGGGAAGUGACCAAGCCGAAGUAACGGUUUGGGACUUUGAGAAGCAUAUUUGCAAAGAAGUAUAUCGUACUGGCUUAUGCAAGGAUGUCGGCAACAGGAGUAUGACAUUAUUGGAUCUUGACGAAGAGAGGUCAGGCGGAAUGCUUGGACGCUUUGCUACAAGUGUUGAGCCUACCGCUAGUUCCACGGCAGAUCGAGGCAUCCGAGCGAUUGCAGUACAUACACAGACGACGGAUGACAAGGGCGACCUGAAACACACAUUUCUACUCACAGCAGGUCCAGACUGGAAAGUUCGGUAUUGGGAUACUAGUCGCGCUGACUGCUCACUUAUAGUCAGCGGCCUUGAAGCUGAUGAAGGAAAGCCGCAGUACGUUGUCUCCCAACCAAGCCCAGACACUGUCGUAGUCUCCGAGCAAUUGCAGCAGACUAUGACUCAGAACAGCAAUGGAAGAGAUAGUAAAGGGAACGCGUCCAGUAAGAAGGGACCCGGGAAACCAUUGAGAUCUAGUGCAAUUGCUUCGCAGCAGCAACAUCUUCUGAAAAGUCAUAUGGACUGUAUUCUUGAUGUGGCAUUUAUCGAACAACCAUGUGGGAUUAUCAUUUCAGCCGAUCGGUCUGGGGUGAUUCAUAUGUAUACAUAG